AUGCUCGCUCCCAACGUGAGAUUCUCUUCCGCUGCUACAUUAUUGUGGGUGAUGGCGAAACCUGCGUUGGUUCAGAGUCAAGGCACUUACACCUCGAUCGACAUUGCGGCGCACCACACGGAAACUGAUUGCUGGACAGCGGUGUAUGGAAAGGUUUACGACAUCACAGAAUAUGCACCCAACCAUCUCGUUGGUGCUCCUAUACUUGUAAACGGCAUGUGCGGGAAGGAUGGGACUCCUGCGUUUGAUCCUGUCCACGGAGACACACCAGGAUACAUGCAAAUCAUCCCUGGGAUCACUUACCUAGGAGAGCUCGCAGCUGAAAUCCCAGUACCUGUCGUUCCUGUUCCUAACCCAGCUCCCGUUCCAGGUCCUGGUACCCCAGCUACAGGUACCGGUACAGGCAUCAGACCCACUUCGAGGCACGGUGCCGGCACAAAUCCAGGCCCAACAUGA